AUUAGGGUUUUCAUUUCCCUACACAGCUACACUACCGCAAGCGAGAAAGGGAGCCGCCGUGUACUCCAUCGACCACCAGCAAAAAUGGCGAGAGGAUUGAAGAAGCACUUGAAGAGGCUCAAUGCCCCCAGCCAUUGGAUGUUGGAUAAGCUUGGUGGUGCUUUUGCCCCCAAGCCGUCAUCUGGGCCCCACAAGGCGAGAGAGUGCCUGCCUUUGAUUCUCAUUCUACGAAACAGGCUGAAAUAUGCCCUUACUUACCGUGAAGUCAUUGCUAUCCUAAUGCAACGUCAUAUCCUUGUCGACGGGAAGGUCAGGACUGAUAAGACAUAUCCUUCUGGCUUUAUGGAUGUGGUGUCUAUCCCAAAAACCAAUGAAUAUUUCCGUCUCCUGUACGACACCAAGGGCCGAUUUCGUCUCCACAUAAUCAGGGAUGAGGAAGCCAAGUUCAAGCUUUGCAAGGUCCGUUCGGUCAAGUUCGGCCAAAAAGGCAUUCCCUACCUCAACACCUAUGAUGGGAGAACCAUUCGCUACCCGGACCCACUCAUUAAGGCCAACGACACCAUCAAACUCGACCUUGAAAGCAACAAAAUUGUCGAUUUCAUCAAAUUUGACGUUGGCAAUGUUGUUAUGGUGACUGGUGGUCGAAACAGGGGACGAGUUGGGGUUAUCAAGAACCGUGAGAAGCAUAAGGGAAGCUUUGAGACUGUUCAUAUUCAAGAUGCAACUGGGCACGAGUUUGCCACUCGUCUGGGCAAUGUGUUCACUAUUGGAAAGGGUACAAAGCCAUGGGUAUCUCUUCCCAAGGGCAAAGGUAUUAAGCUGUCCAUCAUUGAGGAAGCUAGGAAGAGGCUUGCAGCCCGGGCUGCAACUGCGUGAAGUGUGUGUUGUUUGCUCUUAUCUAUGGGUUUGAGGUAGUUUUAAAUUGUUAUAAUCUGGUGGUUUUUUAUGCGUUUUUGAUAUGUUGAUGAGAUUUUCGCCUGAAUGAACUAGUUAUUAUGUCCUCUANAAUGUGAUGUUCCCAUGUGGAGUUUUUGAGUAUUUGUCUCUGCUUAUUUUGCUAUAUAUUAAGUUUUGGGAAUUUGGUGCAUGUGUGGAGUUUAUUUGUGAAUGAUAUGUCGAUGUUUCGAAUAUA